GUGUGAAACAACAACAACAACAAAUGUAUGCUAAAUUUGUAAUCAAAUAGUUUAUGUUGUGUGUGCGUGUGUGUGUAUGUGUGUGUGUGUUGCUGGAAUGUCAACUGACAAGUUGUAAAGGGAAACCCUGAAAUUCGAACAAAAAUUUUAAAAUUUUGUACACAUAUAAUAAAUAAAAGCAACAACCAAAAAAAAAAAGCAAAGCAAAUCAAAUCAAACAACAAAUACAACUACAAGAUACAGAUACAGAUAAAUGUGCGCUUGGGAUUUGCAUAGCAAUAAUAACAACAACAACAAUUACAACAGCAACAACAAAUAGAAAUCGUCGAAAUUAAACGUUUCGUCGCGUCUCACUUUGCAUUUUUCUUUUUUUGGCAUUUGGUUUGUUGUCACUUGGAAAAUAUGUGGAUUACUGUGCCGUCAGCAGAAACUCCAACAACAACAACAACAACAACACGAGCCCGCUGCAAAAGCGAGCGCGUGAAUAAAUCUCAAAUUGAAUGUAAAGUUUUGUUAGUGAAUUGAACAACAAUACCAAAACAACAGCAGCAACAACAACAAGAAAGUGCCAAUGCUUAAUGUAUCUGACAGAUACGUUUCUGGUGUGUCAUGUGCCCUGGCAGCAACAGCAACAGCAACAACUGCAACUGUAACAAGACAAAGACUGCGCCUUGAAUGCGGCAAUACAAUUUUUAACAAGAACUUCAUCUAUUUCAUAUACAAUUAUCGCAAGCGAAAAAACUCAAACGAAACUCUGUCAAAAAGAUACAAACUGAGAUUAGCUGUGAGAUACAACUAUUGACAAAGCGUGAUUUAUUUUUUUUAACCCAACAAGCUGCACAGUAGCCACUUAUAAAAAAACUACAAAUACAUAAAAAAAAAAACAGCUGUAAAUUGUGCAAAUAUAUAAACCAAAGCAACAGCAACAAAUAACAACAACAACAACAGGAACAACGUUAGAUAACACUGAGCCCAAAUAUCAUAAAUUCAUAAAAUUGAGAGUAUACCCAUGUGUCAGUAGGGGGGCAAUCCAUCAAUAUACGCGGCUUACAAAAUUAAUCAAAAGAAGCAGAAACAAAUACAAGUAAAUAAAUAAAUACGAUAUACAUUUAACUAUAACUACAACUAUAUACACACAAAGUCUAGAUCCCGAGAUACGGCAACAUAGGAAACUUUAUAAGACUGAGAGUUGCAAGCGACCAUGCGCGCAUGGCUUCUACUCCUCGCAGUGCUGGCGACUUUUCAAACGAUCGUUCAAGUUGCUAGCACCGAGGAUAUAUCAUCGAGAUUUAUCGCAGCGAUAGCGCCAACAACAACGACAACAAAGGCCAUAAUAAAUAAUAAUACAUCAACAAAAACAACAGCUACAGCAUUAGCUAAAGCAUUUAAGCCAUUUAACGAGUUACUAUUCAACAACAGUAACAACAACAACAACAACAACCACAGCAGUGAUAGUGAUAACAACAAUAGCAAAAGUGACGAGUUUAAACAUUUACAAGAAGUGCAUAAAACAAGAACACACCAAUUAGAAAAUUCCAAAAAUAUCAAAAAUAAGCAUAACAAACAUCAUAAGCAACAUAAAUUAACUAAUAAUAAUAAUAAGCACCACAAGCAACACGCUACAACAACAAUCAACAACAAAAUGGCUGUAAAGGAGCUACAAAAACUCAAGCAACACAAACCAUCCACAGAAUCUCAACCACAAUCCGCCAUUGCGGAUGUGUUUGUAUUGGAUCAUCGAGCGCCCGCCUCCAUUGCAAGCUCGAGUUACGUUUCGAGCUCCGACACGAGUGCGAAUUCGGAUUCGAACUUGAAUUCGAACUCGAAUACGGAUACUGUGCUGGGGGAAUUCGAGGUGCCUGGCAUUGAGGAUGCCAUCAUCAUUGAGGAUGAACCUCCCACGUACAGCAGCAAAGAGAUCAUCAAGGACAAAUUGAUACCAGAUCCCUCAACUCUAGUCGAAAUUGAAAAGAGUCUCCUCUCCAUGUUCAAUAUGAAGAGGCCGCCAAAAAUCGAUAGAUCCAAAAUCAUCAUACCAGAGAAAAUGAGAAGGCUUUAUGCCCAAACUACAGGACACGAAAUUGAAUUCGUAAAUAGACCCCCAUUACCUAAAUUAGCGAAUACAGUCAGAAGUCAUCAACAUAAAGAUAGUAAAAUCGACGAUCGGUUUCCACAUCAUCAUCGGUUUCGUCUGAAAUUCGAUAUGAAGACCAUUCCCGCCGAUGAGAAACUGAGGGCCGCCGAGCUGCAGUUGACGCGGGAUGCGCUCAGCGUUAGUAAAUCGAUAAGUCGGACACGCUACCAGGUGCUUGUCUAUGACAUCACCCGGGUGGGUGUGCGGGGUCAUCGGGAGCCGAGCUAUUGGCUGAUGGAUACGAAGACAGUGCGUCUGAAUAGCACCGAACCGGUGAGUCUGGACGUGCAACCAGCCGUGGAACGGUGGCGGGCAACACCGCAAAAGAAUUACGGCCUGUUGGUUGAGGUGCGAACGAUGAAAUUGGAGCCGGCACCACAUCAUCAUGUACGCUUGCGCCGCAGCGCGGACGAAGCGCACGAGGAUUGGCAGUAUAAGCAGCCGAUGCUCUUCACCUAUCUGGAUGAUGGCAAGCACAAGUCCAAGUCCAAGUCCAAGUCUCGAUCCACACGGGAUGUGAACGGGGGUGGUGGCGAUGGUGGCAGCAAUCAUCGGCAUCAACGACGUCGCAAGAAUCAUGACGAGAAUUGCCGACGGCAUCCGCUUUAUGUGGAUUUUCAGGAUGUGGGCUGGAGUGAUUGGAUUGUGGCGCCGGCGGGAUAUGAUGCAUUCUAUUGCCAUGGCAAGUGUCCGUUUCCGCUGGCCGAUCAUCUUAAUUCCACGAACCAUGCGGUUGUGCAAACCUUAGUCAAUAAUAUCAAUCCAGGGAAGGUACCAAAGGCGUGCUGUGUACCAACACAGCUGGGGAGCAUAUCGAUGCUCUAUCUCAAUGACCAAAAUACAGUUGUGCUCAAGACCUAUCAAGACAUGACGGCCAUUGGCUGUGGUUGUCGAUAGAUCGAUACAGAGAACGAGAGAAAGAGAAAGAGAGAGAGAGAAAGAGAGAGCGAACGAUCGAUAGAGAAAGAGCAUCAAAUGCUGUUUGGUUCCAAGCCGUCAAUGCUUUAAACACAACGCAAACAAAAUGGACUGAAUACUUGAAUUUUAAGUGUAAAUCGUAGACUUUAAUUGUAUGUAGAGCGAAAUGCAGCCACGCCCACGCCCACGACCCCGCCCCAAGCCCAACCGAAUCAUCCCCCGCCCUUCCGCCUUCAAGAACGCAACAGCAGCGCCACCUCUGUCACUUUCCACAGCCAGGCUCUGGAAAUGUUGCACAGAGCCACAGCACAGAAAACACGAGACUCCCGAGAGACAACUGUAAAUAGCCGCAUUUUCAAUCUCUAAUCAAGAAAACCCCUUUCCACACCCCCUCAAUGUCUCCUGCAGCCAUAAUGCAGUCAAAAAUGCCAUAGACCGCACUUUGAGAUACUUUUGUAUCGUGCAGCUUGCGCUGCUGAUUUGAACAAAUUGUAUAAAAGCUAAUGCUAAGCUAAAAUUACUAAAGAAAAGCUCAACACUUUUCCCCCAGCCUAUUUGUUAAUAAUUAAUUAAAAAUAAACACACACACACACUUGUAAAUUAAUUCAAAAUAUGAUUCAAUGAAUAUAUAAGUUGAGGAGGAAGUAAAAACACAAUGAGAAAAUGCGAAUGCAAAUUAUCUUGAAAUUAUGUAGACCCUAUCUACAGAUAAUAAGAUAAAUAUAUUAAAAUAAAUACAUACAUAUAUGAAUAUAUACUGCGUAUGUAACUCUUUUGUAUGUACAUAUUUGUACUAAAAUUAAACACAUUUACAUUUAUUUCUACGAUAUAUAUCGAAGUGCAAACGGUAUUCAACUUCGUUCCCCAUAACUAUAUGUAAAUGUAUAAAAUUCUGAACUAAAACUACAAUCAAACGAAACCUAUAUAUAUAUAUAUAUAUAUAUAUUAUAACUACAACUACAACAAAAAACGAAGAGAUACAGCAAAGGAAAUGAAAACUAUCGUUCAUUGUUAUGUGUUUUAAGAAAAACUCGAAUAUAACCGUACCACGUAUGCCUAAAUUAAUGAUUAGUAUUUAAUGUUAACAUUUAAGCACAGUAUGUUGAAAAAUAAUUAGUUAAAAGUAUAAAAAAAAAACUACAAAAUCAAAACACACACAAACAACAUAAUACAAAAAACAAAAACAUUCAGAAAUAUCAAAACAAAAACAAUUAUCGAAUCGUUUUGUGCCUGAAGUUGCAGAGCGCUUCUCUUCUCCCAUUUUGUAGUUUUUUUUAAACUUUAUUAUUUUAUUUAUUUAAAAACAAAACAUUUUUUAAUGAAUGAUGAGCAAUGUGCUGACGACGAUGGUGAUCAUGAUGAUCAAAGUUGAAAAAAUAUAAAAGAAAAAAUUUUAUUAAAAAACAAAAACAA